AUGUCGACAGACUAUAACUACGACGAGCAGGGCCAGUUCUUCCCUUUCUUCAUACUCACACUGACCGGCCUCGUUACCCUCCCUCUCACAUAUACCCUUCUCAGGCCCGUCAAAGGACUCGAAAACUCCGCUCCUCGAAUCAAAUCCGACUUCAAACCGCAACAUGACGAUAUCAUACAGAGCCAGAAGCAGAAACUUCUGCGAAAGGAGCGCCGUAUUAAGAGGAUCAUUACUGUGAUUAUUGGCUAUGCAGUUAUGGCUUGGAUGGUUUACCUGAUCGCAGUCACCGCAAGAUCUGCGCCCAAGAUCUGGGACCCUUACGAAAUCCUCGGAAUUUCCAGAAGUGCGGAUGAGAGAGCUAUCAGCAAACACUAUAAACGGCUCUCAGUUAAAUUCCACCCAGACAAGAUCAGACCUGACCCUACCAAAAAUGAAACCGUUGAGAUGCUCAAUGAACGCUUCGUCGAACUUACAAAGGCGUACAAAACUCUUACAGAUGAGGAAAUUAGAAACAACUACAUCCAAUUCGGUCACCCCGAUGGAAAACAGAGCUUUAGUAUCGGUAUCGCCCUUCCCAAGAUUAUCGUUACCGAAGGCAACGGAAAGUUUGUCCUUUUGCUCUACGGAAUCCUCUUUGGUGUGCUCCUUCCGUAUACCGUUGGAAGGUGGUGGUACGGUAACCAGCGCUAUACCAAGGACAAUGUUCUUGUGGCCAGCGCGGGAAGUCUGUUCCGAGCGUACAAACCGGGCCUGACUGGAGGAGAUAUGAUUGGCACCAUGAGUGUGGGAGAUGAAUAUAUGGAGCUGCUUAAGGGCGAUCAUACGAAUUCAGGGUUAGCCAAGCUCGAGAAGAAGAUUCUCGACUCGGUGGAUAUGGCACCCGGGGAUAAGCUGGCUCUAAGCAACAUGGAUGAUGAGACGAGAAGAAAAGCUCUCGCACUGCUAUGGGCUUAUCUUGGGAGGGUGGACCUUGAGGAUAGCACCCUUAACAACGAAAAGUUUCAAGUUGCACCUCCUGCCGUUACCCUCAACAAUGCGUUCACUACCAUCGCCCUAGCAUUCGGAAACUUACAACCUAUCAUGGCAUCUUUAUAUACGUCCCAGAACCUCAUCCAAGCUGUUGCACCAGACUCCUCCCCUCUCCUACAGCUUCCGUACUUUACCCCUAACGUCGUCCGAUCCGUGGAAGGCGAGCACUCUAAAACUCACAUGACCAUUCAGCAGUUCAUGAAGUUACCGGAAGUCAAGCGACGAAGCAUGACCAUUGGAAAUGGCCUCUUGACUGACUCACAGUACCAAACUGCAGUCUCGGUAGCACGGGGAAUACCUGCCUUGCAACUGUGCAAGGCUGUCCUCAGAGUGCAAGGCGAAAAAGUCAUAACUCCAAGCAGCUUGGUACAACUUGUGGUAAAAGCCCGCUUCGUCCCACCUGGCUGCGAGUACGUUCCACCAGUCAAGGAGUCGGAUCUUGUGAUUGAAGACAUCGAUGAGGACGCCAUAGCAGACGCCCAGACAGGAAAUGCUAGAGUUGACCCCAAGGAAAAGGAGAAGAAAACUCAAAGCGAGAAGGAAGAUGAGCCAGAGAUUCAACCCCCACUCGCUCACGCCCCUUAUUUCGCCCGCGACCACUCACCUCGAUGGCACAUUUUCCUCGCGGAUGCCAAGCAGGACCGUAUGGCCGUUCCUCCUUUCACAUUCACCAAAUUCGACAAGCCUAUCUUUGAUGAUGAGGGUAAACCGACUUUCAACGUACAGACGAUGAAGAUGCAGUUCCAAGCUCCUCCACAGGUUGGAAGCUUCCCAUUUGUUCUCAACAUCGUUUGCGACAGUUACAUCGGAUUUGAUCAAGAGCAGGAAAUUACUCUUGAAGUUGCUGAUUUGGAGAAGGCCACUGCCGUGGCUGAGGAAGACGACAUUAGUGAACCGGACGAAGAUUCCAUUGCCGGACAAAUGCAAGCCUUGAAAACUGGUCAAGCACCACCCAGGAAAAAGCGUGCUGCUGACUCCAGCGAAGAUGAUGAGAGUGACACUGAUGGUGACGCUGCAGACGAUACAAGCGAAACUGACACCGACACCGACACCGACGGGGAAUAA